ACGUUGCAAUAAAAUCACAAUGUCAAUUUGACAUGACAGUCAUGACACUCUCGCUUUGAUUUCUCCCAGUUCGUUCGCGUUCUCCAAACCUUGUUUUUAUUAGUGGAUUUCAACUAGUUAAAAUGGCUACUAAAAGUAAAAAUGCUGCCUUUGAGGAUCUCUCAAAUGUGGAGUUCGAAACGAGUGAAGAUGUGGAAGUUGUGGAUAGUUUUUCGGAUAUGCAACUCAAAGAGGAGUUAACAAGAGGGAUUUAUGCUUAUGGUUUUGAGAAGCCGUCAGCGAUUCAGCAGAGGGCGAUAUGGCCCAUAAUAAAAGGAAGAGAUGUGAUUGCCCAAGCGCAAUCGGGUACGGGAAAAACUGCCACAUUCUCAAUUUCUAUUCUACAAUCGAUUGACUUAACUGUUCGUGAGACUCAGGUUUUAUGCCUCUCACCGACCAGAGAACUAGCAGUUCAGAUUCAAAAGGUAAUUUUGGCUCUGGGCGAUUUCCUGAACGUUCAAUGUCAUGCUUGCAUUGGAGGUACGAACCUGGGAGAAGAUAUUCGGAAAUUGGAUUACGGACAACACGUUGUUAGUGGUACCCCAGGCAGAGUUUACGAUAUGAUUCGCAGACGAGCUUUAAGGACCAGAUCUGUAAGAAUGUUGGUGCUCGAUGAAGCGGAUGAAAUGUUAAACAAAGGGUUCAAAGAACAGAUUUAUGAUGUCUACAGAUUUCUGCCACCAUCCACUCAAGUUGUUCUCAUAUCCGCUACUCUGCCUCACGAAAUUUUGGAAAUAACUUCCAAAUUUAUGACGGAUCCGAUUCGAAUUUUGGUGAAGCGUGAUGAAUUGACGCUUGAAGGAAUCAAACAAUUCUUUGUCGCUGUGGAACGGGAAGAAUGGAAAUUUGAUACCCUUUGCGACUUAUAUGACACAUUGACCAUUACUCAGGCCGUCAUCUUUUGCAAUACGAAGAGGAAAGUAGACUGGCUGACCGAGAAAAUGAGAGAGAGUAAUUUUACAGUCAGCGCUAUGCAUGGUGACAUGCCACAAAAGGAACGAGAUAAUAUUAUGAAGGAAUUCCGGUCUGGUCAAAGCCGAGUUUUGAUCACCACAGAUGUAUGGGCAAGAGGAAUUGAUGUACAACAAGUCAGCUUGGUGAUUAAUUACGAUUUGCCGAACAAUCGUGAAUUGUACAUCCAUCGAAUUGGUAGGUCCGGCCGAUUUGGACGUAAAGGUGUUGCCAUCAACUUUGUCAAAUCAGAUGACAUCAGGAUUCUUCGUGAUAUCGAACAAUAUUAUUCAACACAAAUUGAUGAAAUGCCUAUGAAUGUGGCUGAUCUUAUAUAAGUUAUUUUCAGUAAUUUUUUUUUGUAUUUAAAUGUAAUAUACUUACAUUCGAUUUUGUAACAUCAAAUGCUUUUUCUACUGGGAAUCUAGUUGUUCGAAUUAACAGGUUUUUCAAAUGUCUUAUUUAUAGUUUAUAUCCAAAAAAAUGUGCACUUCCAUUGUUCCGAUUUAAUUUCAUAAUGUAAUUCUUUCGCAAAUAAAAAAAUAUAUCAAU